GGCGGAUCAUGGAGAUGUUAGGCACGAAAAUGUGGUGGCGUUAAGAGCUUAUUAUUCUUCGGUGGAUGAAAGGCUUAUGCUGUAUGAUUAUUACAGUAACGGAAGUGUGCAUUCAUUGUUACAUGGCCAAACGGCAGAUGUAGACUGGGAAACCAGAGUAAAAAUUGCCGUUGGCAUUGCUGAAAUACACAAAAAACUUGGCGGGAUGCUUGUCUAUGGAAACAUUAAGGCAUCAAAUAUUUUUCUCAAUCAACAACUAUACGGCUGUGUAUCAGAUUUCGUCUUGUCAAACAUGAUGAAAUCUAGACUCAAACCAACUUCAUCAGAUGUGUAUAGCUUAGGAAUUCUGCUACUCGAGCUUCUAACUAGAAAGAAUCCUGCAGCUGUUAACCUAGUCAAGCUGGUUAAUUCAGUUAAAACUAAUGAGAGGGCUGCUAACGUUUUCGAUCCCGAUCUAUUGAAGCAUCCUUCCAUCAGUGAACAGAUGAUUAAAAUGUUGCAAAUAGGAGUUAAAUGUGUCGCUAAUUCAGCAAAAAAGAGACCUAAAAUAUCUGAAGUGGUGGAGAUGUUGGCGGACAUUGACAUAUUGAACCGAGUGAGCCGCUCUUUGGACUCAACGAGCCGGGAAGGAAAACUUGUAUUUGUUGAGGAUGUUAAUGUAGAUCCUAUAUUUGAGAUUGAGCAUUUACUGGAGGCUUCUGCUGAGGUGGUUGGGAAAGGAUCAUUCGGGAAUAGUUACAAGAUAACACUCAACAAUGGAAGUGUAGUUAUGGUGAAGAGAUGUAAAGAUGUGAAUCCAACAUUCAAGGAUUUUCAGAAUCAUGUCGAGUUAUUUGGAAAAAUGAAUCACACAAAUAUCGGUAGAUUAAAGGCUUUUUACUAUUCAAGGUAUGAAAAGCUUUUGUUGUAUGAUUAUUACACUCAAGGCUGCAUAUCUUCGCUACAUGGGAUAAGAGGUGAUGACUGGGUGACCAGAUUCAAGAUUGCUCUUGGAGCAGCAAGAGGUAUCGCUCACGUCCACGGACAAGAUCAGAAGCUUGUGCUCGGAAAUAUAAAAUCCUCCAAUAUUUUCCUCAAUGACCAAAAUCAUGCCAUUGUGGCCUUUGAUGCUGGAUUGGCAAAUCUGAUAAGUCCCGAGAGGCUGCCAUGUGUACUAGAUUCGGUCUACUGUGCCCCGGAAGUAAAAAACGUGGCGGGAGUGUCACAGGCUUCUGAUGUCUAUAGCUUUGGAGUUGUUCUGCUUGAUCUUUUUUACGGAGAAUCAUCUCAAGAUUUUGAAUCACUACCUGAGCUGGUUGGAACUGUCAAUCAUACUCAUGAAUGGCAUGCGGAUCUGGUGGAUGUCGCUUGUCUGAGGUACGGAGACGAGCAGGCGGUGGCACAAGUGUUGCAGAUGGCAGCGGGUUGUGUUGGCACAGCCGUGGAACGUAGGCCUACGAUAUUUGAAAUGGUAAAGGUGUUGGAAGAAAUUGAAUGUUCAUCUGUUCAAUCAGGAAUGGAAUCCUUAUUGGAGAAUCUGCUGCCCAUGCUAUCACCAUAAUCCAUGGGGUAUUUCCUCAGAUUUUCUUUUAUCUGCUUCACAAUUCCUUUUUUGGUGCAUUUAUUGCAAAUGGUACUGAGUUGCCGGACAUCAGGAGCUCCGGAUAGAACAACGGCCAUCGAGACUCCAAAAGAGAGCUGGAGGAGUUGAUAAAAGUGGUUGAUUCAAACAAGAAAAUUAAGAAUUCUAAAAGGUCUGUAAAUGUUUACUGUUGUAUUUAUAAGUAAGUAUGUAUAUGUUGGAGACUAAACAAACAGGAAUCAUUCCAAAACUGAUGUGGGACAUUGAGUCCAUAACAA